UAGACCAGUUCUUGUCAACGGGUGGUUUCCGAGAAGCGUUUGUUGCUAGGGCGUUGUGUAUUGUACCUAUUCACCGACCACUGACUGUAGGGGUAUUGCGUUGUUCAGAAUCAAGCAAUAUGGGGACGGCCACACACAAUGCAAUGUCCUAUUUUCCUAUUGGAAACACGAGGCCAGUUGAUGUGACGCUUGGAUGUCAGGUUGACAAGGAGUGUGACAUGCUGUUACUUGGGUGUGGGGAUGUCAGGAACGUCCUACACACCAUUCACGAGCUUCAGACAAGAGGAACCACAAAAUCAAAAGAUCAGACAAUCAACAUCCACCUCAAUGACAUUGAAGACAGUAUCUUGGGACGCGAUCUGAUUUUGCUGUACCUCGCUGGAACAAUUGAUCCAAAUAACUCGGAAGAUUUGAAGUUUCUUUUGGGAGUCUGGUACGAUGUCUUGUUGUCACAGGAACACCUACAGAGGCUGAAGCAAGUGAUGAAAAGAGUGUCGUUAGUCCAGUCUGGCAAUAAUGGAGUGUAUUUUGGAAAUAUGAAAAGUGAAGUCUCCAUCAAAAGGGCUCUUCUAGGUAUGGAGAAAUUCGAAAUGAAUGGUAAACAAAUGAGAGAUACGAGAUGGGAAUUCCUAAACUCUCUGUACAGAACAAACGUGCCGAAGUUAUUCAUGGACUGGUCAACAGGACAAAUGGUCCGUCCUAAAGUUGACCUACCACAGACAGCAGUAGACUGGAUUACACAGAGAGUGAGUGCCCAGUGUGGUCGCCUUGACAAAGUACAGCGACUCAAGGACAGAUACCAUCAGGAGAUCCGCGACUAUAUCACAACUGGAGUUACGAGGGUCAAUUUACAAUCGCUCUCGUCUAAACGGGUGGUGGAUAGCUUCAGUGGCAACAUGACCCUGUUGAGACCUGGAUGGAAUAUAUGGACUGUCCCUGACGAUUGCUGUCCAUACCUAUCUCACGACAUCGACCUUGAACUCCACAGGUACGAUGGGUGUAAGGUGACUCUCGCCUCCCUCUGCAUGGAGAUGCUAAAGAAGUGGGUGGAAUGUUUCCAGGCAGCAAUGGAAGAUGGCUGUAUUCUCAAGAUCUACAUGUGGCUGGGAGAGGCAACCGAAGUGUGCGAGAAGGACCUGCCAGAAAGUCUCCGGUUUGACUUCAUCGAUACAUCCAAUUUGGCAGAUAAAAUCGGUCUGGUCUCUGUGCUGAGUUGUUCUCGCAACAGACUGAAACAGCAAGUAUCCCAAUUAAUGUUGCCUGACCAAAUCAAAUAUGAUGUCAGAACACUAUUUUACCAACCAUUAAUGAAAAGAAAUGGGAGACAAUGUAUCGAAAGAUGUCAUGGGGCCACAAUUCUCUUUGUAGAAUUUUGUCUCUCAGUCGUGCCACAAAGUCAUCGGUUCGAACCCCUUUCUUCCCGAUCACCCUCGUCAUGCGUUUCAGUGGUGCAGGGUAAAACCUGCAGGAGGUUCCCUGGCAGACCCACCUCCAAUAGCAAAAACACAGUUCGUAGUGGUGUUACAUUCACUAACUCAAUCAUUCAUGUUAAUCUGCUUAAUAUGUUACUGUUCAGGCCUAACGGAGUGCUGAGGACAGAGAGUUUUGACUACACAAGAUUAAAAGGCGUCGUUUCAGUGGAAAGGUAUCUUUCUGGCUGCAUUGAUGUGCCAGUGUUGAUGUAUCCGACAGUGUUUGGUUUACACCUAGCUGAAGAACUCUCUCUUGGACAUGAGAGUGUCCCGCCAACUCAGUUUCCCCUACGUACAAAGUUGACCUUGAAAUGGAAAACAGCUCGGGAGCAGAAAAAUCUAACAGCUAUUACACUUGAUGAAAAAGCAUCAGACGCAGUAUCUGCAGCACUUGAAAAGGUGAAAACAUGUCCUGGUUUAGACGAUCAAGGUCCCUUAGGACAUGUCAUAAAGGCGUGUGUCAAAAGUGCAACGGAAAAUAUUCUGCAAAGGGUUCAGAAUUUUGCUAAAGCCACGACGAAACGCAAUACCCUGAUUGAGUACACAGAUCAUUAUCUUGUGACCAUCCAAACCGACCCAGAAUGUCUGAAGAAGGGGACAGUCAGCAUGGAUUGUGUAGAUGGAGAUCCAUAUGUUAUGGUUCUACAGAACAGCCACAAUGGCCAAUCAAGCUUUAGACAAACGCUAAGUCUUUCAUGUGGAAUCGCUUUGAACACAAGCAACGUUAAAGUGUCAAGGAAGAGGGGAAAAUUGAAGCUCGUCUUGUCAAGGAUGCUGACGUGACUCUCGGUGAACGAGUUUUGCCCUGGAACAAGCUCCACACAAGCUCUGUUGCUGAUCUCCCGAACUUUCCUCUCUCGGAAAGCGGUAAAGAAACAAUAGAGACGUACGUUGGAAGCAUGUGCCUCUCGUCUCCAGCGAGUCUGUCACACCACAUGUCGCCGAAAGAACAGCUUAGAUUUCUUAUGGAGUUCAUCUUGAUAAAGGCCCCGUUUUCAUUUGGGCUGCCAAAACUCAUCACGAUUAGAGCUCAAAGUGUCACAAAUCCUGACAAGAGAGCAAACAACAUGCUUCGUUUGGAAGAUCUGAAGAUCCACGAGAACAAACCUACCCUUUUUUUGACGUUUUUCGAUUUUGACAAAGCUGAUGAUCUGGUUAGCCAAAGAAAAUCACGGAUGAAGAAAUCUUACCAUGGAAACAAACGAAGAAGACAUGUGUGGAAAUGGACCCAUCAUCUUCUCCAAAUCUUAGCAAGGGAUAUGCUUUGUUGGUGAAGCUUCUAGAAGUCAAUUCCAUUCGAAUGAUUCAAUAUCAGCCUGAGGACAGAAGAUGGAUGACAAGAACCAUUCUGAGAGGGAGAUAUCCUAACAAGGAACUAUAUGCUUUGAAGUUCGAGGAAGACAUGCCUGAAAUGUUUAGUUCUCUUUGUAAGUUCAUGUAUAAAGGAAGCGUAGCAUAAGAGUUUAUUACUUACUGAGUAUACUGCAUGUGCUUUGCUUAUGAACCUUGAAUAAGUAUAGUCCCUAAUUCUGUAUAAUUUCGUAGUUUAAGCUGUUCCGGAGAAAUGGACAUUGGAGCGAUGUCUGGUUCUGGUGCUGUUAGUGACAGUUGUGUUAGAUCUCAGAAGACAGUAAGGUGUUCCGGAUGCAGCCUGGUGUUCUACUGAGGCAGAGUAUUAAACAACAGGAAAGCCUGGACAGUCCACGGGAACGUCUGUGAAUCUGCCACAACACACGCGCCAGCGAUAUUCCAUCUUAAGCUUCACCUGAAAGCAAUACUGAUACUGUGUGUAAGGUUAGAAUGUAGAUGAUGCUACCGUCGUUUGAAAGGGCUGCAGUUUCGCAAUAUGCAGGCCUACAGAUGUUUAUGUCAGCCAUGUAGGCAUAGUUGUGAGAAAGUUCACAUAAUAGUUUUAAGUAAGGACCCACAACAGAUCAAUAACUUCGCACUUUUGCUAUCGGCACAAUUAGGUUUUGCCUGGCAAUAUGUAAUUAAUGAAUAGGAUAAAUAAGUAACUGUUCUCUAAGCAUCAGCACCUUAUUUAUCACAUACAACUGACAAGCUCCUAAGAAACAAUUUGGCUGUCGUCUAUAAGUGUUCCUACUUUAUACGUGCUAGUGAUAUCACUAUGUUAAAAUCAGAUAUCAUUUGUAAUCAAGCGUAAUCAAUAGGAAAAUCUAUGAAUUAGUGGAUGAGUAGAUUCUGUAAUAACUUCAUGCCGCAUUCAGCUAUAACUCAGCAGCAUUUGGUCAGAUAAAACCAGUAGUUGAUGUUAACGAUGACACACAGCUAUCCAAAUACGACAGACUUUGGUCCUGGGGAUGUAGUAUGAAAUCCCCGCAAUUUACAUAUAUAGGUAAUUCAUGUAAUUUAUGUAUUUAUUAUAAUACGCAUUUUCAAUUGAUGAAUAAAUUGCCGAUGCUGCUUGUUUAUCACAUUGACAGAUAACGUAAGUAUUUCAUAUACGUAGCUGUGUAAACGCCACACGUCUCACAAAUGCGAAUACAAUGACAGGGACUCAAACUGUACUAUCAAUAGCUAGCCAUAAGGAGAUUUUAGAUAUGGAGGAGUUCAAAUAAAUAUGUUGAAAUUCGGACUUGGUUCACAAUAGCUGAAGAACACACUCAGAAACAUGUCCAUAACAUAAUUGUAUGUCAUAAUUGUAUGGUGAGACGUUUCAUAUACAGACAGCUCGCCUUUCAGUGUAUUUGAGAAUAGGGACACCUGGAUUUGCCUUCACAUCCUUAACCCUGACUUCAACCACUGAACUUGUGUUUGCUUAACUGAUUGGUAUUUUUCAAGUUUGUAAGUUGUGUAAUAAAGUCACUUGUGUC